AUGCAUGAAGCUCAUCGAUCACCUUAUUCGGUCCAGCCCGGGUCGGAUAAGAUGUAUUUUGAUUUAAGAGAUUUCUAUUGGUGGCCGGGUAUGAAGCGAGACGUGGCUAAGUAUGUGAGUGAGUGCCUUACUUGCUUACAAGUGAAAGCCAAUCAUAAAAAGCCACCCGGAUUGUUAGUGCAACCCGAGGCCCCCGAAUGGAAAUGGGAACACAUUGCAAUGGACUUCAUAACGAAGUUACCGAAGACAAGAAGUGGUCGCGAUACGAUUUGGGUGUCUAAACAUGGACUUCAUAACGAAGUUACCGACUUCGUCAGCCGACUUCAUAAGUUUGAUCGGUUGACGAAGUUGGCUCAUUUCUUGGCCAUUCGUGAGACCGAUGGUGUAGACACUUUAGCUCGUUUGUACAUCAAGAAAGUGGUGUCUAAACAUGGAGUUUCGGUUACUAUAAUUCAAACUUAUGGAGGGCCUUUCAUCGUGCAAUGGGGACGCGACUAA